AUGGACAUGAAGUACGACGGAACCAAAGACCCCCAGGAACACCUAACGGCCUUUGAGGCUAGGAUGAAUUUAGAAGGAGCCGCCAACGCGAUCCGGUGUAGGGCCUUCCCGGUAACCCUAGCCGGGCCCGCGAUUAAAUGGUUCAACGCCCUCCCCAACGGAUCCAUAACCGGUUUCCAUGAUAUCUCGCGGAAAUUCAUAGCUCAGUUCACCACCAGAAUCACAAAAGUCAAACACCCCAUCAGCUUGUUGGGAAUCAUUCAGAGACAGGACAAAUCCACGAGGAAAUACCUCGACCGAUUUAAUGACGAGUGUUUGACAGUCGACGGACUCACAGACUCGGUCGCAAGCCUCUGCCUUACAAACGGGCUCAUGAACGAGGACUUCCGGAAACACCUCACUACCAAACCAGUAUAG